AUGCAUUCGAAAACUGUUCUACUUCAGAUGCUCGGCCUCGUAGGCCUGGGCAAUGCCUUUCUACGCGGUGUACAUAUUCCGUUGAACAUACCGAUUCCUCGACCACCACCCCCAGCACCAGCACCAGCACCCAGGCCUCCACCUGCGCCCGUUGUGCAGGUACCAGCACCCAAGCCAGUGCCUGUACCGCCUGUACCGCCCGUUACUGUGACAGCACCGCCCGUUACUGUGACAGCACCGCCCGUUACUGUGACGGCACCGCCCGCUACUGUGACGGCACCGCCUGUUACUGUGACGGCACCGCCCGCUACUGUGACGGUCUCCCAGUGUGUAGCGCCGACACAAGCAGCUGUGGAUGUUAAUAUGUGUCAAGGAAAGGAUCCUUUUCUGGAUAUGCCGCUCUACGAUUCCAGCGGAGCCUUCAAGUGCUGUGGUCCUGUAUAUCUCUGGAAUCAGGGAGGUGCAUUGCCGGUCUGUGUGUAA